UGGCAGCAGGCGUGGGUGUUACGGAUCAGAUUCGAACAUCAAUAGUAUUCCCAGUUUGAUCAACCAAAAACCUGGCCAGGCAUCAGAGCAAAUUGUGUGAUUGUGCGUGCGGGAAUACAUGCCGAGCUUCGAUAUCUUGCACAUGGGCAACAUGCCCGCCAAUACCGCUGGUCUGUGGAAGCGGGUGACCUUCCUGCUGGCCCUGCCCGCCAUCGUCCUGUGCGCCGCCAACGCCUUCUCCGGACACAAGCACGUGGAGCGGGAGCCGUUCGCCAAGUACGAGUACCUGAGGCGUCGGACCAAGCGAUUCCCAUGGGGCGAUGGCAAUCGCAGUCUGUUCCACAACGCCGAGGUGAAUGCUCUGCCCGAUGGCUACGAGGAUGAGGUGGCUGAGCAGGAUUAGCAGCGCCCCAUCUCCAUUAUUUUACUUUUGAACUUAUUUUACUAGCAACUGAUGGUAAGAUCAUUCGCACUAGUUCCGCGCUGCUCUCAAUAAGUAGAUGGCUGCCUUUAGAACAAUCGAGGUAAAUUGAUUUUCGGAUUACCAAUAUGAUCGUUUGCCGAUUCCUUGCCCGCAAUAAAUUAAUCAUUGAGAUCUGA